UCUCGCGCUGGUUGUGCCCUUCCUCUCUCUCUCUGUUCUUCCCAGGCUAGGGCUACCAGGAGAAUCCAUUCUUCUUCCUCUUCCUCUCGCCAAUUCCUUCGAUCGCUGAGAUUAGGGUUCUUCGCUUCUUCCUCUUUGUCCGUCUCGCCAAGAAAACCACGCCAAUUUCUUCUCCCUCUCCUUUUCUCUUUUUAGGUCGCGAGCGCCUCGGCUUCCUCAUGGCUUGAUUGAUUGGCAGAUUGAUUGAUCCCGCGGCGCGCGCGCGCUCCACAGCAGGAUGAUGGGUCAGCAGCCGCAGCAAAUGGUGGGGAUUCACCACCAUCACCACCUCCACCACCACGAAUCCGAGCAGCAGCCGAUUGUCGUGGACCAGCAGCACAAGCAGCAGCACCACCAUCACCACCAACACCACCACCACCACCAGCAGCUCAUGGAGGAGGAAUCCGGCCAGGCAGGAGGAGGAGGAGAGGGCCUCCCGGAAGACGAGGAAGACGUGGAGGAGGAUCCCGAGGACGACGAUCCCGCCGAGCUCGCCGCGGCAGUGCCAUCCUCGGGCGCCAUCGGCGAGGGGAUGGCUCCCGGCAAUGCUGACGCCGCCAAUCUUGUCCCGGUUCUGGGAGUGGAUUCCUCGCGGAGGCAGCACCAGCGACCAAGAGGAGGAGGAGGUAGCGGUGGUGGUGGUGGUGGUGGAGGAGGAGGAAUCUCGAGUUCUUCGUCGGGGUCUGGCGGAGCUGCUACAGCGGUGGUGGUGGCCGCCGCCGCCGCCGCGGCGGGGCUCCAGAUGCCUGUUCUUCCAGUUCCUUGCUGCCGAGUGGAUGGUUGUGGCGAGGAUCUGUCCACUGCCGGGGAUUACCACCGGCGGCACAAGGUUUGCAAGCUGCAUGCUACGUUGCCCAAGGUCAUGAAUCACGGCCAGGAGCAAAGAUUCUGCCAACAAUGCAGCAGAUUUCAUUCCUUGUCGGAGUUUGACGAAGGCAAGCGGAGCUGCCGGAAGCGCCUGGCGGGGCACAACGAGCGGAGGCGGAGGCACCAACCGGAUUCGCUCGCCACAACUUCCAGUGAAAGUCCUCCAUUAACUCAGGGCCGGGAGAGCAAUAAAAAGCCGCGAGAGUGGAAAGGGCGUGGAAGGGGAGGGAGGAGAGGACGAAGUGGGCUAUCCUUCUCCGCACGGGGACCCGGAGACGACCCGAGCAGCCCCCUCGUCUUGCGAGACGAAAUCCAGAGUAUGUCCUCUAAGCGAAGAGCGGUGAAGUCAGGUGAAGAGUCAUUCUCCAUCAUUUUCAAUGAUGCAUUCCCAGAGCGUGACAGUGUCAAGGGUAAAAUGAGCCUUCGAGUAGCAGACAUGAUGGAGAAGAGAGUUGCCGGAGAGUAUAAGGAGAUUGACGAGCUUGAUAUUGAUAUAGCAGACAUGGAGCAAGUCAAGGAGGGGCUCGACCUGGGUGAAGGCGUCGUCAUACCUCCGCUGCCGCUCAAAAGGGACGGGAAGCUGUCGGUGCUCAAAGGCUGGCCACCCCAGGAAGGCGCAGUGCUCAACCCGGACGAGAUGCAAAUCGAGACGAGCCUGACACCAAAAGACGAGCUUGAGAACAAGCGAGCAUGGCAGAGAGAUGACAAAGAGACGCUGCUCCACUGCUUCUGGGAGUGCUCCAAAGUCCAGCCGGUGUGGAGAUGGGCCGCGAGGCAGCUGAGCAAGCUCCGGGGCAGUAAGGUGAAGCUGGAGCUCCGGCAGGCGGUGUUCGGCGGGAAGCUGGAUAGCUGGGCCUCGCAGGAGAACGUUUCGGUGUGGAAGCUGUUGCGGGGGAUCAUCCUCUGGCAGAUAUGGUUGGCAAGGAAGGGGAAGGCCUUGUCCGGGAUCCAGUGGACUUCGAACAAGGUGAUCCGGGCGGCGUGGGUGGACCUGAUGAUGUACGCCAUGCAGGAUUGGCUGGAAGUUUACAAGAAGAAGGAGACCGGCAAGAUGGAAGACGCUCACGAGCUGCGCGGGAAGUUCGAUUCCAAGUGGCUGGUGAACCAGUUUGCUGGGAAACGGGCCGAGUGGAGCAUGGUUUGGAAGGAUCCCGACGACGUUUUGCUUGAUUGACAGGGACGCUCGCUGGUGUCACUGCAAGAACAGUAAUAGAGAAGCAAGAACCGAUUAAAAUCUCACCAGGAACUUACAGCGUCAGCAGCUUUGGCCUAUUAAUCUGGACGAGAAAGGACUGAAGCAGCUCCUCGUCUGCUUCGCUCUUUAUAACACUUUGUACACACGACGGACAACGAUUGUUAUACUUACAAAAGGCUUUUAAGAUGGUGGUGGUGGUGAUGGAACGAUCAAAGUCGACAGCUAGCUGGUAGAAAAUAAUCUCCUUUUCUUCUUCUUCCUUUCUUCUUUUCAUUUGGUCUGGUCUGGUCUGGUCUGGAAAGAACGUUUAAUCCCUUGUACGAGGGCUGUAACCAUAGUUGAAGUGAUUGAUCCUAAAAAUACGGCUUGGGAUAUAGCAAACAUG